UCUGACUCUUCCCUCUCUAGUCCUCCCCAGCUCUGUCAACCAGCCUCUGAGGCUCCUUUCCCCCUAAGUCCUACCCUAGGCUUCUGUCUGAGACCAGUAAGGAUGAACUUGGGUCUUCAGGCCCAUGCUUGCCUAUGGAGAGACAUGCCUUGACCACGCCUUCUGCAGAGCCUGCCUUCUGGAGAGGCUUGCUGGCCAAGCUUUAGAUGCUGGGUUAUUUCCUGCCCUGCAGCUGCUGGAGUCUAAGGAGAAGCAGGCCUGACUGCUCCCCAGCUGAUCUCAUAAAAACACUCCAGACCUCCAGCAGCUCCAGGAGUCCGAACACCAGCAGUGGACCAAGGCCUUACAGCUGCCUGCAGCCAUGUUGGCCCUCAGCCUGCUCAUACUGGGUCUGCUCUCUGCAGUGGCACCUGCCAGCUGUCAACAAGGUCUGGGGAACCUUCAGCCCUGGAUGCAGGGCCUUAUUGCGGUGGCCGUGUUCCUGGUCCUUGUUGCGAUCGUCUUUGCUGUCAACCACUUCUGGUGCCAGGAAGAGCCGGAACCUGGGAGCAUGGUCAUGAUCGUUGGAAACAAGGCAGAUGGGGUCCUGGUGGGAAUGGACGGCAGAUACUCCUCGAUGGCGUCUGGUUUUAGGUCCAGUGAGCACAAGAAUGCCUUCGAGAAUGUUCUGGAGGAAGAGGGCAGGGUCCGCAGCACACCCAUGUGACAAGCUCAUCGAUGGCCCCAGUCCCCAGGCUAUAGGGCACAUAGAGUUGAUGCCCACCACUUCACCCAGUCACUGUUCUUCAGGAAUCGAUUAACAGAAGCUGCCCCUCUCAGUUCUUCUGAAUCACAGCCAUCUCAGCCUAAGGCUCAGACCAAGCUGAGCUCAGGAUGUGAAGUGGCCCCGGGGUCUUCCUGGGGUCUUCCACCCACUUCUGAGGAGCCUUAUAAAGAAACACCCAGCUCAGCCCCUCCCCUUUCAACUCCCUCCUCCUGCAACCAUGGAAGUGACUCUUAUUUCUGGGAAAUAAACACUUUUUAUACUUUCGGGGCAAAGGCUCAGACCCAGUUUCCAGGCUCCAAGCAAGGCCUCCCCCAUUUCUUUUUAUAACUGCCUUCUAGGGUCCAUUGCCAUUGGACUUACGGAUUACAGGAAGCCCUGGACCCAUAGGGCAGCCAGGGACUUAGAGGCCUAAUUGGAGAGGCUGAGGCUGUGUCUAGGAGGGAAAGAGAGAGAGAGAGAGAGAGAGAGAGAGAGAGAGAGAGAGAGAGAGAGAGAGAGAGAG